AUGAGGAUACACGCUGCGAACCCGCUGAUUAUGUUCUCGUGUCUGAAGACGCAAGAGGUUGGGCUUUUGCAGAGGUGCCGGCGGCGGAUAUUUCAUUAUGGCUUUAUACAUAGUGUCGCUCUACCCGUACUCCUGAUCUUUGUAACCACAGGAAUUUAUAAUAUCUACGCAUUUCCGUUUACCCCCGAUGCCAGGGUCCUACCGCACCUGCCCAGCACCUUCAGCACUCCUGUAGAAUGCGGUAAAGGGACACCCGGAGCCCCUCUUUCAGGGCUGGUGCAUUGUACUUGGGCUGGGCUAGCUCCAAAUGUCACAAGCGAUACAAGCAAGGUUUCAAUAUGGGUCAAACACAGCAUCGAAAAGCUGGCGGAUGGAAAGGCCCGAGUUAUGCUCCAGGGGAAGGAUACUCGCGCCUGUAAACUAUUCUUUGGUAAAAUGAAUGUCACGAGUAUUGAUAUCCUCGACUCGCCAUCCAGGGCUUUUGGCUCACCUCUUCCGACAUCGGGAACAAAUCAGCUACGACUAUGGAGUCGAGAGCCUGGUCGAAUCUGGCGAGUUGAGUUGGCAUGGGGCGGAUCGACAGAUAAAGAGGAUGAGAAGGUUGAAGUCUUGAAGAACGAGAAGGAGUUGAAACGUGCAGUGGAUGUUGCGGGGAAGUUGGAGGGAAGGAUCGUAUGCUUGUGGAGCGAUACGAACGGGGAUGAGAUUCCGGCAUUCAAUGAGGUGGUAACGUACUUGCCACCCUGGGCAACAGUUCUGAAAGCUGAUCAUGGACUUGCUGAGGGGACGGUGCCAUUUGUUAUUUAG